GGGAGGUUUAAUCCUUGUGAGGAACUGAUCAUUGUAGAUAGGACUUCGUCAGCAGUGAUCCGCUACGUACCUCACUAUUGAGCGAUCACUCCAUACUCAUUGCUAUUUCAAAUUUUUCUAUUUAAGGAUUAUAAUAGAUCUAUUCAGUAGGUGUUCCUGCAUUGUUUGACAUAGUAGUCCAAUCAGCGGGUUUUCAGCGGUGUUAGAAGGGACAGAUAUCAUUGUAUUGGGGUACAGGAGUACGUGUCCCCCGUUCACACAUUGUACGGGGUUACACGGGGAUCAUUGGAUUUCUCCUAUGGAGGAACAAAAGAUGACUUUUACGUGUACCUUCACGAGUACUUAACGGACAAAUCCGCUCUCAUAGAGUUGUAUAUACAUAAAUAAACGCAGCGAUACACAAAAAAUACUGGAAAUGUGAAGUAUAGAAAGUUUUCAACAGGAAAAGUACAAUUAUGACCAUAGAUAAUCAGGAAAUCGCUAUUGUUCUGGCGCGGAAAAGGGAUGAAAAAGUUUUACAGAAGGAGUUAUCAACGAUUAAAAUAGAAAAACACAACUCCGUAGCCGACAUCAAACGAUGUCAGAAAGAAAUGAAAAAACGGCUGAAAAAGAUCCGAGAUAGGCAGAGAGAAAUACAAAGGUCAAGGACAAAGAUAGAGGAACCACAGGAAGACGCGGAUUUUGGCAUGCCUACCGUUCCGGUUUCUGUCAAAUCACAAGCCCGACCAAAAACCGGACCACCAUCUUCUUUGAGAAAUAAGGUGUCAAACUUUUUCAAACCGAAACUUGAGCUAAAUGACCCGCAGGUAGAAAUAGAUCCAUCCCUUGUGUCAGAUCAGACAAAAUCUAAAAUAGACUUGAGACCAGCAACGGCGCGUGCGCUGAUGGAAGAUAAGUCUCUUCUUGAUAGAUGUCGCUCUGCCGGCAGAUUAGGUACCAAAGCUUCAGAAUGUAGGUACUUCGAUCCAGACGAAAUCAACGACAGGAAUAAAUUUUACAACGGUCUUGUAAACAACUGGAAGCGCACUGAAAAAGAAAACUACAACAACAUUGAAAUGAAAGUAGGACAGUUCUUGGGACAAAAUAAUGAACUGCUGAAUCGCCGAGUAAUGCGAUCCAACUUUUUACGACAAACGGACGUUCCCGUGGUUCAGAGGAAGAAAACUUCCACUCUAGAGACUCAUUACUCUUCCUCGCCACAAGUAAGACCUGUAUCUUCCGGUAAUGACUUCCGGCCUUCAGAUAGAGUCUUCAAACACACUGCUCUUCCACAAAGGGUGUUGUCGGCAGCCAUUAGCAGUCGACAUCCAACAGAGAAUCGGUCUCGCGUGAGGCCGUUCUCUCAUAAAUGACGUGGUGUACUUUACUGCAGUCAAGUUGACUUUAUG